GUUGGACAGAUGGGUAUACUGACGAACGAAACAUCAGCUCACCAGCAGACAUGAGGCUAGAUGCAUAGACAGAGACGGGGGAGUUACAGAAGAAGUUUUUUUUAUGAUGACCUAUGUCACAAAAAGGGAAAAGGAAAAGAAAAACAAUUCCUGACUGACAAAAAAGCUGAGGAAACAAUAGAUAACGGUGCAUGUCAGUCUUCAAACUUUUUGUUGUUUACAACACGUGGUGUAGUGUUAAUAAUCUCAACAAAAACACUACAUAUAUAUAUAUAUAUCAAUCGGUGCCCUUACGCCCGCGUACCACUCUGGAUUCAUCAUUGUUUUAUUUUGGAGCUUUUGUCCCUGUAAACUCGUUAUUCGAGCAGAUCUCUAGCUAAGUAAUAUCUGUUGAACAUCUUAAAGAGACCAAACGUACAGUAAAAGGAUGAUCAGAUACGAAAAUUUAACGAGGAAAUCAAUCACUUAGUACCCAGAUGUGCUUCAGUCAACAUCGAUCACCUGAUCUUCCUUUUUAAUUCGAGUUAGAUAUUGACGCAUCAUUCGUACAAAUAUGGGUUGCUGUGGGUCAAAUGGACACUGCAAACGAUGGUGGUAUUUUGUAAUUGUCAGUUUUAUUAUUGGAGCAGUUGGUCUCAUAACUGUCAGUAUAAUUUGGCAAGAAGGAAAAUCACAUAUUAAAUACAGUCUGGUCUUUGAUGCUGGUUCAAGCCAUACUGAAAUUUUUAUCUUCACUUGGGAAGGGUCCAAAACCAAUGGCACCGCAGUUGUUCGACAAACGAAUCACUUGAGGACAAAGGCCAAAGGUAUACACCAUUUCAGUGCCGAUCCUAGUCUUGCAGGCGAAUCUAUGAAACCUUAUUUAGACUUUGCUCGUAAACAUGUUCCAGAAUCCAAAACUUCUACAACAGCUGUUUAUUUAGGGGCCACAGCUGGAAUGAGAAUAUUAAGUAUGACCAACAAAAGUGCUUCUGAUGCUAUUUUAGCCUCUAUUAGAGACGUUUUCAAAAGCUCUAAAUUUCUGUUUGUGAAACCAGAGCAUCAAGUUCGAAUUCUUAAUGGUUCAGAAGAAGGAAUAUUUUCUUGGAUUACAGCAAACUAUUUGAAGGGAUACCUUGGUCUUAAAUUUCAUUCACCGAUACCAUAUUUGUUGGACAAAUCAGCGCCAUUGACAUAUGGAGCUCUUGAUAUGGGAGGUGCAUCCACACAGAUAGCUUUUGUGCCAGCAGAUGAUGUUAAAAUGCCUGCAAAUAACUCCCUUUCAUUUCAACUGUAUGGUCAUCCCUUGACCGUGUAUGCUCAUAGUUAUCUCUGCUACGGUAUUGACCAGACAAUACUCAGAUACAAAGCACACUUAGUAUUGAACAGUUCAAAUCACAGUAUAAUCCAUAAUCCUUGCUGGCAGAAUGGAAGUCGUAGAAAUGAAAGCAAAACCAAUUUAUUCCAGCGUCCUUGUACAUAUGUACCUCCAGGCAUGAAGGUUGCCGAUUCUUAUGAAUUUGUUGGUACUGGUGAAUUUGAAAAAUGCCAAAAGAGUGUUCUAGGGUUAUUUAACUUUACAGCUUGUCCUUUUGGAAACAGUUGUUCUUUUAACAAAGUCUAUCAGCCUCCAAUCAAGGAUAAAAAUUUUUAUGCAUUUUCAACCUAUUACUACACUGCUUCUUUUCUGAAUUUGACACGAAACAACGAUACAUUUAGUCUAGAAGAAUACAACGAUGCAAUAGAAGAUUGGUGCGAGUUGUCUUGGGAUGAAGCUUCAAUAGUUCCUGGACUCAGCAUAUCAAUUCUGAGAGAGGUUUGCUUUGAAGCAGUUUAUAUAAAAACCAUUCUCACCAAAGGUUAUCAUUUUGAUAAUUCGUCGUGGAACUCCCUUCAUUUUACAAAUAAGGUUGCCAAUACUAGUAUGGGAUGGACUUUAGGAUUUAUGCUCUACACCAGUAAUGAAAUCCCUGCUGAAACUCCAAGUUUAGCACAAACUACAUUUAUUCUAUUGGCAAUACUCUUUAUUUUGUUUAUCUUCCUCUCUAUAGGAUUUGCAGUUGUUGCCAAAAGAAAAACCCCUACAAUUAGCAUGUAUAAUAAAGCCCCAGAUUAUGGAUCAACAGAUGUGGCGUAAUUUUUAAAAAGAGGAUUUUAACAAACAAAUUUUAGUUGUUUUUAUAAUUCAGCCAACCAUUUCUCUUCAUUCUAUUUUAGGAUGUUAUAAUAUUCUUUUUUUAAUUUUAAAAUUUUAUAUAUUUCAGAUAUUUUUAAUUUUAAAAUUUUAUUUAAUUUAAAAAUAAAAUAAAAAUAAAAUCAA